AUGCCUGGACAUUUCGGCCAGAAGGUACUCAACGCCCUGGGUGUGGGUCAUUCCCACAAUCAACCAAAUGCAUCCGGUGGAUAUCCAGGGGGAUACCCUGGAGGACCACCAGGACCGCCAGGGGGCCAGGCACCGCUUCUAGGCCGCGGCUUGGUGAACAACGAUGAGCGUCCGCUGUCCUCUCAUCCAAACCGAGGAACAUACCCCCGCCUCGCCCGGCUGUCUGAUGGGUCGAUUUUGUCCUCUUUCACGCGCUUCCCCGAUGGUCAACGGGCACUUUGCGUUGCUCGAAGCACCGACAAUGGGCAAACCUUUGAGAACCUGUCUGAAGUCACACGCGCCGCGGGGGAUGUCGAUAACAUGUUCCUGUGUGAAGUUAGACAUGGCGUCGUCCUCGCAGCCUUCCGCAACCACGAUCUUGGGCCCAACGGCCCCACACACUUCCGUAUCACAGUCUGCAGGUCCAUGGACGGAGGCCGUACGUGGCGAUUUGCUUCCCAGGCUGCAGAGAAGAGCCCGCCCCUAGGGAUCUGGGAGCCUUUCAUGCGAUUGGGCCGGCGAGGCGAGGUCCAGCUCACAUAUUCCCAAGAGUUCGCUCCUAACAACCAAUGCACCAUGCUCACCACCUCGUAUGAUCAAGGGAGCACCUGGAGUCGCCCUGUUUGCUUGCACGGAGAUCAGGACCCACUUCGCGACGGGAUGAAUGGCAUUGCAAGGACUUUCGAUAAUGGCCAUGAGGCUCUUGUGAUGGUCUUCGAGACCACUCGGUAUGGUCCGUUUAACGUCGAGGCUCUCAUUUCCUAUGAUGAUGGCGCCAGUUGGCACAACCGGCAUGAGGUUUUCCGACCCCCGCAGGGACACAAUGCGGGCUCCCCGCAAAUUGCCUCUUUUGCCGAUGGCUCGUUGGUUUGCGUAUUCAUGACCGAUGAUGAAUCCGACCAAGUGGACUGGGUUAAACAUGCUGCCAUCAAGGUUUGCUUCGCGGGACCCCCACAAAAUGGACAGAUUCGAUGGGGGCCGCCCGUAUUCGUAUCGCCGGCAUCAAGUUUCUGGCCAGGCGUCAUGGCAAUCGACCAUCACACUGCCCUGGUCACUUAUGAUCGUGGAGGUCCCUUGGCCAAGUCAGUCACAUGGCAGCGUUGGUAG